AAAAGGGUGUAGGUGGAGAAAUGGGAAUGGGGAUGUGGAUAUCAAUUCCCCCAACUCCAAAGGUCGACAUAUAUAAAUUCUACCUCCCAAAACCCUAGUUCUUCCUUCAACGGUUCAACCUGUCUCAGAUCUCAGCAGAUUAUCCCAGCAAUUGAAGGUAUGGCUCCAAAACAGCCAAACAGUGGCGUCUUUGUGGGUUUAAACAAAGGUCAUGUUGUGACCAAGAAAGAAUUGGCUCCACGCCCAUCUGAUAGGAAAGGGAAAACCAGCAAAAGAGUCCACUUUGUGAGGAACCUGAUAAGAGAAGUUGCUGGGUUUGCACCAUACGAGAAAAGGAUUACUGAACUUCUUAAAGUUGGAAAAGACAAGCGCGCACUGAAAGUGGCAAAGAGAAAGCUGGGCACUCACAAGCGAGCCAAGAAGAAGCGUGAGGAGAUGUCUAAUGUCCUCCGCAAGAUGAGGUCUGCCGGAGGUGGGGAGAAGAAGAAGUGAAGCCCCCCCAUCCGCUAGAUUUCUAAUGGUCUUCAAUUUGAAACAUGAAACUUCUCCGCUUGGUUGACAACUGAGUAGUCCAAUAUUUGUUUUCUUUUAUAAUGUAUUGGUGAUAGUUAUCUUCAGAAACUCCAUAUCCUUCAAGCAUAAAAUAUAAACUGAUUGUUUCUUACUACUGUUUAAUCCAGCAUUCAUUUUGGAUGUAAAUUUCCUAUUCCGGUAGAUUGAAGUGAAGAUUGUAGCCAUUGUUUGUGAAGUUUAUGUUGGAAUGGUUUCUCUCAA